UGUGGCGCAUUUCCUGGCGUCAGCUCCGAAGGCGGAAAAGCGGAGAGGAGAGCGACGAGCUUCGCCCCGGCCAGCCGGCCCUCCUUCUAACCGCCCGCCAUGGCGUCGGAGGGGCCGCGGGAGCCUGCGGGCGAGGGCAUCAAGUUGUCAGCAGAUGUCAAACCGUUUGUCCCCAAAUUUGCUGGACUCAGUGUGGCAUGGUCAGAAUCUUCAGAAACACGGGUUUUCCCCAGCUGUGCAGCCACGACUUACUAUCCAUGUGUCCAGGAACUAGCAGUGCCUGAACAGAAACUCUAUACUGAAGGAAUGGCUUUUGGAGCUUCAACUUUUCCACCUCAGUAUUUAUCUUCUGAGAUCACUCUUCAUCCAUACGCCUAUCCUCCUUACACCCUGGAGUCCUCUCAAAAUGUAUGCCCUGCGCCUGGCUCCCAGUAUGAUUACAACCAACCCACUUGUUUUGGAGGUUUUCAAACAGUGAAGCCACGAAAUGAGCACAUAGUGAAGCCACGAAACGAGCACAUGUACCCUCUCCCACAAGACAUGAAAGCUCUGUUAAAGAAGAAAACCUAUGAUGAGCAAAGGUUUGACAGUAAGAAGACUGAUGGACCUAUAUCAUCUGAUUUAAAAUCAGUUAAAGGUUCACAUCCUAUGUCCGUUCAUGCCGAGAGUCGUGUGAAAUCAGAUGGUUAUUAUAAACGAACAGAGAGAAAAUCCAGAAUCAUUGAAAAAAGUGGAUCUGCCUCCAAACCUGAGUUUGAAUUUACCAGGUUGGAUUUUCCUGAACUGCAGGGUCCAGAGAGCAGGGAGAUGCCAGAGAUGCAAAAGCAGCCCAAGUGGGGGCCUUUACGCUCUGCCUCUACUGAUGUUUCCCUUCUGAGAGGAGUGGGGAAACCUGCCGUGGCGUUGCCAGAGGGUGAAAUAGUGGUGAAAAAUAAUAAUCCGACUGAGUCUGUAACUGAUAAUGCUGCUACCAAUCCCUCUUCAUGUACAAGAGAAUUAUCUUGGACACCAAUGGGUUAUGUUGUUCGGCAGACAUUAUCUACAGAACUGUCACCAGCCCCUAAAAAUGUUACUUCCAUGAUAAACCUAAAGAUGGUUGCUUCAUCAGCAGAUCCUAAAAAUGGUAGUAUGUCCUCUUCUGAAGUCUUAUCUUCGGAUCCUUGCUACAAGGAGAAACACGUUGUCCAUCCUACUAAAAAGUCCAAAGCAUCACAGUGUUGCCAUCCUGAGCAAAAUGAAGUCUCAAGAAAGAAUAAGAGAAAGAAAGAAAAGUCUAAGUCAAAAUAUGAAGUCCUGACAGUUCAAGAGCCACCAAGGAUUGAAGAUGCCGAGGAGUUUCCCAAUCUGGCUGUUGCAUCUGAAAGAAGAGACAGAGUAGAAUCACCGAAAUUUCAGUCUAAACAGCAGCCACAGAAUAAUUUUAAAAGUAGUGGAAAGAAGAGCCAGAUUCCAGUACAGUUGGAUUUGGGGGGGAUGCUGACUGCGCUGGAAAAGAAGCAGCACUCUCCAAAUGCAAAGCAGUCCUCCAAACCAGUGGUGUUCUCAGUCGGGGCUGUACCUGUCCUCUCCAAAGACUCCGUGUCAGGGAAGAAGGGACACCGCUUUGGCCAGGUGAAGACCCCGCACAACCCCUUAGACUCCAGCGCCCCCCUGAUGAAGAAGGGAAAGCAGAGGGAGGUCCCCAAGGCCAAGAAGCCAACCUCAUUGAAGAAGAUAAUUUUGAAAGAACGGCAGGAGAGAAAGCAGCAGCGUCUUCAAGAAAAUGCUGUGAGCCCAGCUCUUGCCGGUGAUGAUUUGCAAGAUGGAGAGAGGGGUGGAGACGACCAGGCCCUCGAGCAGCUUGACCCCUCAGGGGAGACGGAAGAGUCUGUGUCCUGUGCUUCUGUGGAGAACAAGUCAGAAGAGCGGCUGGGAGCUGAGCUCCAGAAGGAGGCGGAGGCCUGCCCCAAGAUCCACAGCCGGCGAUUCAGGGAUUACUGCAGCCAGAUGCUCAGUAAAGAAGUUGACGCUUGUGUCACAGACCUGCUGAAAGAGCUGGUUCGUUUCCAAGACCGUAUGUACCAGAAAGAUCCCGUCAAGGCUAAGACCAAACGCCGACUUGUGUUGGGGCUGAGGGAAGUCCUUAAACAUCUGAAGCUCAGAAAGUUGAAAUGCAUCAUCAUCUCUCCCAACUGUGAGAAGAUACAGUCGAAAGGCACUGGACCGGACAUGAGUCACCCCUCCAGCUCUUGGCUAGCUGCUCACAACCCCUCUGAAGGCAGCAGGUGUCUGGGUGUUCAGCAGCACCUCUUCUGGAACCAUUCCAGGCUCUGCCUCUUGUGCAGCUGUCAUCGUGGGGACAGCCUCCCCCAUCUCUUGUGGGGCGGGCUGGACGACACCCUGCACACCAUCAUCGACUACGCCUGCGAGCAGAACAUUCCCUUCGUGUUCGCCCUCAACCGCAAAGCGCUGGGGCGCAGUCUCAACAAGGCCGUUCCCGUCAGCGUGGUGGGGAUCUUCAGCUACGACGGGGCCCAGGUGAGGACCAGUUCCACAAGAUGGUGGAGCUCACGAUGGCGGCCCGACAGGCGUACAGGACCAUGCUGGAGAAGGCUCGCCAGGAGCUGGCGGCAGAGCCUGGGGCCCAAGGUGCUGCCGGCCCGCCUGCGCAGGGCCCCAGCAGCCCUGAGGAGGACGGCCCCCCGGGCCCUGCCGGGAAAGAGGAGCCACACUACAUUGAAAUCUGGAGAAACCAUCUGGAAGCAUACAGUCGAUGUGCCCAGGAGCUGGAGGAAUCGCUGGAGGUGUCAACCUCUCAGAUGAUGAACUUGAAUUUAUAAGGAGAGUUCUUUCCUCUGUGUGUGUCCUGGGGGUAAGAAGGGGGAGGUUUGAAAGACUCUGGGGCCUUUUUCUUCUCAGUUCCUCGUUGACCUAGUGUGUGUUUUGUAUGACUAUUUAAUUGGGAAAUUAACCAGCAGUGUUUGUAGGCAUCCAGAAGCUGCAAGGCCCACGGACGGGCACUCAGUAUGCUGGCAGGAACCUUUUCAAAAGGCCUUGGGAUGCAGCCUUAGCUCUCUGCGCACAAUAUGAGUCUGGAAAACGCUGGAAAACGUACCCCAAGUACGCUGCUCAGGAGUUGUCUUGCCGUUGCAGAACAGCCGAGCCAAGUUAAGAUUGUAGAGGGCAGCGGCAGGCCAGGGUGGAGCCCCUGGGAGGCCCCGGCGUUCCAGCCUGAUGUCCUCCUCGUCCCGGUGACCUAGCGCAGCCCUGCAGAGGCCACUGACUGGCGCUGCAGGAGCCAGUGUCAGAGCAGGAGGGAUGGAGGGAAGCCUUUCUCGGGAUGUGGCUUUUCAGCUGACAGACUUGGGGAUACUUGGGAAGUUUGCUAACAUGAGCCUCAGAAGGAAAAUCAGUUCUCUAACCUAUGACCUUUUGACAGGAAUUACUCCUUUUAUUUUUCAAAGAAACAGUGUAUAUUGAAGUUCUAAAUUUCAGUUUUGAUAAUCUACACAUAUUUUCUUUCUUUUGUAAGUGAACAUAUUCUGAAUGUGGUUUUGGUCUUAGAGGCCAGGAGAAUAGAAGUUUACUUUCCUAUUUUCCUGUGAGUAAGAGGACUUAUUUAUUUUGAAUAAAGAGUGAUUAUUUAAUUUCA